GUAGCUCGGUACCGCUCCCACGCCCUCGUUCUUGGCGAACCCUCCGGAGGCUUGGGUAUUAUACACGUUAAUCUCGAUCCUCCCCCCCGCGCCUGCCCGCGAUAAAAUGGCAUGUACUCCGUGUGUAGUGCGGGGUCGGUGGUGUCCAGGCCCUGGCGGACUGCCUCGAGCAGAACUCGGUCAUGUACGGGUUCGUGCGCGUGACAGAGACGUCCCAGGGCACGAAAGACUCGGCCGGCGGCAGCGGCAGCACGGAGAAAUUCUGCUGCAUCAAGUGGGCACCCGACGAUGGGCCGGCGGAACAGCGGACCUCCGAGCUCCAGGGAGAGGUUUCGCGACUGUUCCACCCAUACCACGGCGACUUGACGGCCAAGCAUGCGGGAGAUGUCACUACGGAAGCAGUCAGCGCGAGAGUCUCCAGACGGCUCAAGCAGUAGGUCCCCUGGCGGAGCACACACACCGAGACGAAGAGACUGAUCGUUAAACCAAGAUUCGAGAGGGGGGGGGGGGG